AAUCUGAGCAGAGUGAGGGGAGGAGGAGGGAAGAACAAGGGAGCAGCUGAGAAAAGAGGUGAGAGGGAGAAGGAGAACGAAGGACGAAGAAGACCGGUGAGAGGACAGGACAACACUGCAAGGAGGGAGAAAAGAGGCGGAAUAGGAACCAUCAUGGCAUCUAGGAUGGGAUGAAGCUGCUUCAUCUGCUGCCUCAGUUUGUCGUAUCCUCUCCCGUAGAUCGUCUCGCAGGUCUUCUCGCCUGACUCCUGCCACCUGGUCGAGUCUGUGUGCUGCUUCCAAUUCUCUGCUCCUUCCCGAACGCCGAUCUACACGCGAUGAGAAGAGAGGGGAGGAGAGCAGGAGCAGAAGCAGAAGUAGAAGGAGCAGAAGGAGCAGCAGAAAAAGGAGCAGAAGGUGAUAAAUCUUACACGUCGAACAGUCGCGAGUGCGUUGAUGGUACGAGGGAAACCAGCAAACAAGUGAGUUUGAAGCAGAACCUCCAUCCCCUCCUCGUGCUUCUCCUCAGGAAGAUGACUCCAGUCUCUCGCUACAUCCGCAAGCCGACCAGCGGCUGCAUUGGCAGAUAGAAACGUGAGGAUCCUCUCUUCAGGCAAGAAAGAUGUCGGGGAUGACACCAUUGACAACCAGGGAUGGUCACGACAAGAACAGAACAGACGAACUCUCAUCCUGCUCAUGCUGGUCGCCCUCGACGCCCAGCUCGUGGCCGACCUGAUGGCCGAAGCCAUGGAUUCACGACCUU